AUGACAGUUAUAAGCUAUAAAAAACAACGUCGUGAGCAUAACCCAUCAACCAUGUCUGAUGAGCAGAUUUUGGAGGUGAUUUGUUCAACCCAUGUCUAUAGUGACAUCAAGUUUGAUGCUGAAACUCUGUUCAACAUUGCUAGGAACAUCCUUACGUGUUCAACCAAUGUGGUUGAUAACGUUGUUGUGCAUGGAAAUCAAACAAUUGUGGAGCAAUUAGAUAACAUUAACACCCCUGCUUGCUUCACUUCACCCUUGUGUAUUUUGAAGCAAAUUAAUUCCGAGAUGGCAUGCAAGACACCAGAUGAGGAAAUAGCUAUGAAAACAACACUAGCAAUCUUAAACAAGCUGUCAAACUAUUCAUGGGUUUCAAAAGGAGUGCUUACUCUUUCUGCUUUUUCUAUUGAAUAUGGAGAGUUCUGGCUAUCACAAUAUCUACCAACACAACCGCUUGCAAAAUCAUUAGGCAUAAUCAAGAGAGUGCCUCAACUCACAAAACCUGAAUCCCUCAAAAAACACCACAAUGCAAUUUUGGAGAUCAACAAUCUGAUCAAGGCAACUUUGAAAUUGGUUGAUAUAAUCCUUGAGUUGACAAGACUCAACUCAAGUCAUGACAUCAGGGACGUGCCAGCUCUUGCACCAGCUUUGGAACAAAUCCCAGUUAAUGUCUUUUGGGUUAUCAUCACCAUUGUUGCAAUUGUUACCCAGAUUGAAUGUCUCACUACUGAUUCGGAUAAGAGGAAGGACUUAUCUCAAUUUGGCCAAAGGAUUAACAUAAUAAUCAACAAUUUGGAGAAGCACAAGUCUCAAUGCAUUCAACAGAUUCGUGAAGCAGAGUAUAACAAGUUACUCAGCGGACUCUUUCAAAUCCCAACUGAAAUUACGGAAGUACUUAAGGUGUUGAUUUUCUGGAAAGACACUCCAAAAGAACCUGUCAUCUAUGAUGGUUUGACUUUGGAUGAAAAACAGGUUCAUAUUGAAGAGUUGAAGAAGAAGGAUGUGUUGUUGUUCAUUUCAACCCUGGAAAUCAGCCAAGAAGACAUCUCAAUGUUGAUUAAAAUUGAUCAACAUAUAAAGAAAAAAGGAAACCAGCACAAGAUUGUGUGGGUUCCCAUUGUGGAGGAAUGGGAUGAUGGGAUGCAUAAAACAUUUGAAUCUUUGAAGUCGAAGAUGCCUUGGUAUGUGGUGAAUCACUUUGCACCUAUAAAAGGCAUCAAAUACAUAAGGAAGGAAUUGCAUUUCAAACAGAAGCCUAUGGUUGUUGUGUUGAGCCCACAAGGAAAGAUUCUACAUCCAAAUGCAUUUCAUAUGAUUCAAGUUUGGGGGAUAAGGGGCUUCCCUUUCUACAAAUCCAAAGAAGAAACAAUGAGCCCAACAUUAGAGUGGGACGUUCUUGAUUCCCUGGUUGUUGACAUUGAUAUAAAUAUUGAAUGGGUGGAGAAAAAAUAUGUCAUCAUUUAUGGAGGUGAAAAUAAGGAAUGGACUGAAAAACUCACUAACUUUAGUACCACUAUUAAGGACACAAAUACUUUACUUGAUGUGUUUUGCUUGGAGAAUUAUGAGAAAAAUGUGGUUACCAAAUUUUGGAAAAAGGUAGAGAGUUUGGUUUUCAUCAAAAUGCAUGAGGAAACAACCAUUGUAAAACAACAGGUUGAGAAGUUGCUUUCUUACAAGAAUGAGACAGGAUGGGCAAUUUUAAUCAAAGGGUCUACUGUCACUGCUGUUGGUCAUAAGACUACAAUUUCCAAGACAAUAGAAGAGAUUGACCAAUGGAGAGGUGUCGUGGUCGAAAAGGGAUUUGACGUCGCAUUUACAGAACAUCAUAAAGAUGUUGUUCCUACAAAGGAGUAUAUUUGCUCUAACCUUGAGAUUUUUAAUUUUGGCCGAAAAAACCCAGACAUUAUUUACUGUCCACAUUGUGACGAGCCAAUGGAAAUGGUUAUUACCUACAAGUGUUCCCGUGGUAAGAAUGUCCCCAGUCUUGAGGUUUAG